AUGUCCAACACCAGCGCCUCUCUUGACUAUUCAGUCUGCUCGGUUGCCGCCGAUACUUCGUUCGGUCCGGUCGUUCAAGGCUGUCGAGACGGUUUUGACUUUACAUUUGCAUUCGAACAAUACUUCCUCUCGAUUCUUCCAUCGGUUGUUGGGCUGCUUCUAGCCGUGCCUCGCGUCAGGGUCCUUAGAACCAGGAAACCUGUGGUUGCCAAAGGUGGCACCUUGAAAGGAACUAAGUUGGUAUGUCUCUAUGUGCCGCUACAGUUUGAAGCCCUGCCAGCACGAAUACUCUUCGUUGCGUUCGCCAAUCUCGAAUAA